AUGCAUCAAGAACAACUGAAAAGAACUCAUACAACAAUGAUUUUGGACACAGAGUAUGUUCAUAUGACGCUUGAGCCUAUCCAUUGGGGCUAUAAUCUUCUUUCAAGCUUUGCAAGCUGGGUUUUUCUUGCAGGAUAUUUAGUUGUGCCAGGUACUUUUACGACAUUGGAGACGACCAUCAAGAAUAGCUCAAGUCAAAGUACCAUGAACAGAAGAAUACUUGGUACUAUUCAAAAUCCACCACUCAUCGCUAUCUCAUUUAUUUGUUUUCUCUUUGGGCUGGCUAUUAUGGUAUUUUUAUUUUACCGUUGGAGAAGUAAUUAUAUUUGGCUGAUUAAUCGACUUUUCAUACCUAAUCUUUUGAAUGCCACUGCGGGCUUGAUCACAAGCUUCAUAAGCAUAUAUACCGCAAAAAACGGUGAUUGGUCAAUUAUGGCGCUUUUGAGUAUUAUUAUCACAGGACUAUCUGCAGUGAUUUAUCUUGCGUUGACUCUGGUUUACAAGUUCUGGAAACUGCAAAAGGUUAUUGAAGAACAUAAGAGGGUAACAAGGGCUCCAUGA